UCUAAAAUAGAUAUUGAGUUGCAGUCCUCCUGAAAGGUCGCAUCGCUUGUAAAUAGGACAGUAGACGUAUUUAGACGCGUUAUUAGGCAAAAUGGUUGCAACUAAGCCUUUUUCAUUUGAGAACAAAAUAAUGGCGAUGGCUACCGCGACAGCCACGAUGGAGGCUUCCCAGAGCCUCAUCCAGACGGAGUCCAGGGUCCAGCACAGCUACCAAGAAGUACAUGUGUCUGAGACGCGACAGGUCAAGAAGAAGAAGUCCAUGAGGCGGCAUAAGGAUGAAGGGUCUAUAUCAGUUUCAAAAAGCUCAGAGAAACUCCACAAGAAGAUGAAGGCAUCCUCAGAGCCGGAUUCCAAUCCGCAGUGCCAGAAGUGCUCGCGGCCUGUGUACGCCAUGGAGCGCGUGAAGGCCGAGCGCCGCGUGUGGCACAAAGAGUGCUUCCGAUGUGUGCAGUGUAAUAAGCAGCUCACAGUGGAGACCUACCAGAGCGACCACACCACGCUGUACUGCAAGCCGCAUUUCAAGCAGCUGUUCGAGCCCAAGCCUGUUGAUGGUGAUGAUGAGACAGAUGCUACCAUCCCAAAGAAGCAUCAGAUGAUCAUCUGCGAGAGCAACCCAGUCGAGUUACCGCCGGACGUCGUGAGAGCAUCAGACAAGCCGGACCUAGGGCUCCAAGAACUCUCGCAACUGGACGUGAAGUCCCGCUUUGAGGUUUUCGAGCGCGCCGCCAAGGGCCCCGAAGAACCCGUCACACCGGAGCCCCGCGCGCCCCGCGAGAGAAGCACCGCUCUACUCUCUAAGCUAGCCAAGUUCAAGGCGAAGGGCAUGGACGUGGGAGUGUCAGACGAGUACCUGAACGGAGUGCCCGUGGAGGCCAGCUCCAGCGAGCCUGAGGAUGAAGAGGACGAAGACUCGGUCCUCAAGAAGUCGUACAAGCACACAGCCAACCGAGAGCAGCCGGUCUCCUUCUGCAACAUGAGCGAGAUAGUCGGCAAGUUCGAGACGGGCCAGCACGACGCAUCGCAGCGCACGCGCGAGCGCAAGCAGGAGAUACAGAACAUACGCAGCCGCCUGUUCAUGAUGGUGUACAAGCACACAGCCAACCGAGAGCAGCCAGUCUCCUUCUGCAACAUGAGCGAGAUAGUCGGCAAGUUCGAGACGGGCCAGCACGACGCGUCGCAACGCACGCGCGAGCGCAAGCAGGAGAUACAGAACAUACGCAGCCGCCUGUUCAUGGGAAAGCAAGCCAAGAUCAAAGAGAUGUAUGAACAGUCAGUUCUUCAAAGUGAACAAGGUGUGACGUCAUCGGACAAGAUAGCAAAAGAGCUAGAGCUAGACACAGAAAAGGCUCGCGCUAUCAAGGAACGCUUCGAAAGUGGUCACGUGUUCAACGAUGAAAACCAGCCGCCAAGGAACAGGGAGAUCGACGACCGCUCGCUCUUCAACGAAGAAAAGGCGCGCUCCAUCAAAGAACGCUUCGAGACUGGACGCGUGUUGAAUGAGCCAGUGGAGCCAUCCAGGAAUAGAGAUAUUGAAGACCGCUCGCUCUUCAACGAAGGCAUCGGCAAGAAGUCCCGCUCGAUCUUCCUGGAGCUAGACGCCAACGCAAAGAACAUGGCGCCGCUGUCGCCGCCGCCGCAGGAGCCGCCCAAGCGCAAAGAAAUCCCGUUCAUCCCCAAAGACGUGGUCCGCUCGGGCGAGUCGGCCGAGGAGGUGCGCGUGGAGACGGCCGACAUCUCCGACCGGUUCCGCUUCUUCGAGACCUACAAGCCCGAGCUGGCGCGCAAGCAGUUCCGCAUGACGCCGCCGAGACAGACGCAGCGCGCCAAGUCGCCUUCUCCCGAGGUGUACCACGAGCCGAGCGUGGUCCGCAGCGGCGAAGGCGUGGCCGACGCUCGCCUGGCCGCCGACCGCCAUACCGCGUCCCGCAUGAUCUCCGUGUUCCGGCAGCUGGAGCAGGACAAGGGCCGCGCCGAGGAACAAGGCCCCAAGCCCCUCAAAUGCUUCACGCCGCCGCCCGCGGGGGAGAACAACCACACCGGCGACACCUCGGAGGAGGAAGACGACUACAGCUCGGAGUACGAAGAGGACAGCGAGGAGGAGCGCCGCCGCGCGUAUUACGAGGCUCGCGAGAGGGACGAAGCGUUGAAACAGGUACAUAGACAGGAAUACAACACCCCUAGACAUAGAAACACAUCCCCCUAG